AUGCUGCCUACAUCUGCAGGCCACCGGUGGAGGAGCAGGUUCCUCAUGAGGUGGCAAGAGGCUUGUCUGCUUGGCUGUUGGCUGUCGCUAUGUGCUGCCGAGUCCUUCUUUGCUUGUCCUGCCUCCUGCAAGUGUAACAGUGGCAACCUGGAAGUGGACUGUAGUGGCUUGGGCCUCUCUUCCAUCCCCUCAGACAUCCCCACAAACACCAGGACCUUCCUCUUUCUAAACAACAAACUCAGCAUCCUGCCAGGAACAGUAUUUUCCAACCUCUCUGCCCUACAGAGGCUGGAUCUAUCCAACAACUUCUUGGACCAGCUCCCUCAGAACAUCUUCAGUGACCUGGGGAACCUCACGGAGCUCCAGCUGAGGAACAACAGCAUCCGGGCCUUGGACAAGGACCUGCUACAACACACGGCCUUGCUGCGCCAGCUGGAUCUCUCCAUCAACGGCCUGGCUCAGAUACCCUCAGGCCUCUUUGACGACCUGCCUGCUCUCCGCUCCCUCUCCCUCAGGUCUAAUCGCCUGCAGAGCCUAGACAGGGUGACCUUUGAGCCACUAACCAGCCUGCAGCAACUUCAGGUUGGGGAUAACCCCUGGGAAUGCGACUGCAACCUUCGAGACUUCAAGCACUGGAUGGAGUGGUUCUCCUACAGAGGUGGGAAAAUUGACCAGCUGGCUUGUACCCUGCCCAAGGAGCUGAAAGGGAAGGAUAUGCGAAUGGUGCCCAUGGAAAUGUUUAACUACUGCUCCCAACUGGAUGAUGAGAACAGCUCUACAGUCCUGGACAAUACUGGCCCACCCUGCACUAAAGGAAGCCCAACUCCUUCCAAAUCUAAAUCAGGCCCAGAAACAGAAGUGGAGCCCAGUGUGGGAUGCCCUCAGAAACAGCGGUAUAGGCCUGUGAGCGUGCGCCGGGCCAUUGGCACUGUGAUCAUUGCGGGUGUGGUUUGCGGCAUCGUUUGCAUCAUGAUGGUAGUGGCAGCUGCUUACGGCUGCAUCUACGCUUCCCUCAUGGCCAAGUACCACCGGGAGCUGAAGAAGAGGCAGCCGCUCAUGGGUGACACAGAAGGGGAACAUGAAGAGCAAAAACAAAUAUCUUCUGUGGCAUGA